CGUGGGAGCAAAAUCAGGAGCAGAAGCCGCCCUCCUUUCCUCUCUCGUCAAUCAAUCUCCGUUCCCAUCCCCAUCCCCAUCCUUGUCUUCUUCGUUCGAGUUCAGACCGGCCUUGACCGUCGGGUGGGUGGGGGGUUUCAUCAGUCGCCUAGGGUUUUUGGGGGAGGAUUCCAUCGAUCCUUCGAUUGAAUGCGCGUUCGGGAGGAGGAGGAAGAGGAGGAGUAAGACGAGACCCAGCGAAGAUGCAGCAGCCUCCGCAGAUGAUCCCCGUGUUGCCCUCGUUUCCCCCGACCAACAUCACCACCGAGCAGAUUCAAAAGUAUCUUGAUGAAAACAAGAAGUUGAUUCUAGCUAUAUUGGACAAUCAAAAUCUUGGCAAACUCGCUGAGUGUGCCCAGUACCAAACUCAGUUGCAAAAGAAUUUGAUGUAUUUAGCGGCAAUUGCUGAUGCCCAGCCGCAGGCACCACCAAUGCCUCCCCAGAUGGCUCCUCAUCAGGUGAUGCAACAAGGUGGCUAUUUCAUGCAACAUCCUCAGGCGGCUGCUGCUCUGGCUCAGCAGCCAGGCCUUUACCCUCAGAAGGUGCCAUUGCAAUUCAGUAGUCCCCAUCAGUUGCAAGACCCACAGCAGCAGUUACACCAGCAACACCAGCAGGCCAUCCAGGGUCAAAUGGGCAUGAGACCAAUGGGGCCCAGUAAUGGCCUUCAUCCCAUGAACGCAGAGGCUACUUUGGGAGGUGCAGGUACUGGAGGGCCACAUCCAUCCUCAGGUCCAAAUGACGCGCGUGGAGGAAGCAAGCAAGAUGCUUCUGAGACAGGGACAACUGGUGCUGGUGGUCAGGGCAACACAGCAGCUGGGCAUCAGGGAGGCGAUGGAGAAUCAUCACUCAUGAAGGGUUCCGAGGAGGCAAAGUGAUAGGCUCUUUGGGUGCUUGCAUGAGCGACUAGUGGUUGUUGAUAGUAGAUUUAUCAGGACCUAGUGUUGCUGUUUGAUCUUUAUUAGUACAUUAGACAUGAGAAUUUUGUCCUUUUUUCUUUUGUACUUUCUGAUCUGACAAAUAGAUUUAGGGGUUUUGUGUUGCAAGUGAUUGGUUGUGCAAUAUCUCCGCUGCUUUGGUGCAGCGAAGUUUUGUCAUGGACAGUCAUGGGAAGCCCACGCCUCAACACUGUUCCUAAUGUUCUUGGGGACGGAGUGGAUUGUGAUGUCAAGUCGAUGACCAUGCUAGAUCAUGGACAAGUCGAGUAGCAUCUGCUUGAUGAGAGAUGAGCAGUCUCUUCUGGAAUAGUUGAUUUUAGUACUGUAAUUUAAAUUUCUAGUGCUCAUCUUCUGCCUGUGGGAGGGCUCCUUGGAUA